UAGUUCUCGCUACUUUGCCGUGUCCGCCACCGCCUAAGCCACCCUCACCGCCACUGCCCUCAACCGCCCCCGCGAUGGCCGGCGGCAGAAUACAAACCUUCGAAGACUUUGUGAAUGUGCACGAACUCUUGCUUGCGGCCUCGGGAGUGCCUCUGGCGCUGCACCGCCGACUGUUCGACAAGCUUUCUACUGACACAUUCGACGGCGGCAACUUCUUCCAGGUCGAGCCUUGCGAGGACGGCCGGCAGAGGCGCCUCGUACUCACCUCCGACUUCAUGGAGAAGGAGUCGGACCUCUUCCUGGCUGAUCACGCCUGGACCUUUAGACUCUCCGAUGCUCAGAAACAGUUGGAGGAAGUUCCAGGGUUGGCUGAAAGGAUGGCUUCUUUGAUGUGUGUCAAUAUUGAUUUGAUCUCGGAUGCUGGAGAGGUGGAGCAUUCUGGUGGAGCCUCAGAUGAGAACAGUGCCAAAUUGAAUGCCGUGGAAAUUGUGGAGAGUGAAAUUUGUAAAGCAAAAGAGAAAGGAGAUGAGUCUGUUAGGUGGUUGGAGCUUGAGGAUCUUGACAUUAAUGAUGCAAUGCUGUUUUCUCUUUACUUGCCUAGUAAAUUUCCUAAUUUACUUGCACUUAGCCUGUGCGGAAACAGGCUCAAGAAUGUGGAAACAGUUACAGAGGAAAUUAUUAAGUUCAAGUCCCUCAAGGCACUUUGGCUGAACAACAAUCCAAUUCUACAGAACUCUGAUGACCACAUGGCAGAUAUCAUUUUGCAAGGUUGCCCAAGUUUGGAAAUUUUCAACUCACAUUUCACCAGCAACUAUAGUGAGUGGGCUUUGGGAUUUUGUGGAGGAAUUUAUGACCAGGACAAUCCUGGUUUUUUCCAUCAGCCAGAUUAUCCAUUGCAGAGAGUGACCUCGCUUGACCUUUCAAAUAGAUCCAUUCACAAUCUAAUCAAUAAGGCAUUUUCUCAUGCUGAAAUACCAUCUUUGUCACAUCUGAAUCUUCGAGGAAAUCCAUUGGAACAAAACUCUGUUGGCCAGUUGUUGGAGCUCCUAAAGGGAUUUCCUUCCUUAAAUGCCCUGGAGGUAGAUAUUCCAGGCCCACUUGGAGAAAGUGCUAUAGAAAUUCUUGAAUCUCUUCCUAAUAUUUCUCAGUUGAAUGGUAUCAAUGCAUUGAAAAUCAUAGAAUCUGGAAAGCAUGUGAUUGAUUCAAUGCUUCAACCACAUCUCCCGGAAUGGACUGCCAGUGAACCUCUUGUUGAUCGUGUUAUCAAUGCAAUGUGGUCAUAUUUGAUGACUUAUAGACUUGCAGAUGAAGAAAAGAUUGAUGAAACCUCUGUAUGGUAUGUGAUGGAUGAACUAGGUUCAGCUUUGCGGCAUAGUGAUGAGCCAAAUUUCAGAGUGUCUCCUUUUCUUUACAUGCCAGAUGGUAAACUGGCAUCAGCUGUAAGCUUCUCUAUUUUAUGGCCAAUCCAGAAAAUUCAAAAUGGUGAUGAGUGCACUCGUGAUUUUCUGCCUGGUAUCAGGGAGGAGAAGCAACGUUCGGCCAGACUUACUGCUUGGUUCCAUACACCACAAAAUUAUUUUGUUGACCAAUAUGAGAAACACAGGCAAAAAUUGCAAUCAACAAGAUUUGUCUGCCAGCCUGUCAAGCCAUCUAGAACCAGUAGUUUGUUGCAUAGUCAAGGGAGCAUUCUACGUGUCUUCACAGAUAUACCUCAAGUUGAAGAACUUCUAACACGCCCUGAGUUUGCAAUUACUACAGAACCCAGGGAUGCAGAUAUAAUUUGGACAAGUACACAGGUGGAUGAGGAUACAAAGGCAGCUGCUGGACUGACAGAUGAACAAUACAUAAAUCAAUUCCCUUUUGAGGCGUGUCUUGUAAUGAAACAUCAUUUGGCAGAAACUAUUCAGAAGGCACAUGGAUGUCCAGCAUGGUUUCAGCCUACAUACAAUCUUGAAACAGAACUAACUCAUCUUAUUGGUGACUAUUAUGUACGGAAAAGGGGUGGACUAGACAAUCUAUGGAUCUUGAAACCAUGGAAUAUGGCACGAACCAUUGAUACAACUGUAACUAGUAACUUAUCUGCGAUAGUUCGUCUCAUGGAGACUGGUCCAAAAAUAUGCCAGAAGUAUAUAGAAACCCCAGCUUUGUUCAAAGGAAAGAAAUUUGAUCUCCGUUACAUUGUUUUGGUUCGCUGCAUGGACCCCUUGGAGAUAUUCCUUUCUGAUGUUUUCUGGGUUAGGUUGGCAAACAAUCCAUAUUCAUUAGACAAGCGCAGUCUUUUUGAGUACGAGACUCAUUUCACUGUUAUGAACUAUAGGGGGAGGUUGAAUCACAUGAACACACCAGAGUUUGUUAGGCAGUUUGAACAGGAACAUGAAGUUAAAUGGUUGGAUAUCCAUCAGAGAGUCAAAAAGAUGAUACGAUUGGUUUUUGAGGCAGCUGCAGUAGUGCAUCCAGAAAUGCAGAGUCCAAAAUCUAGGGCAAUGUAUGGUGUGGAUAUAAUGCUUGAUUCCCGUUUCCAGCCAAAGUUAUUAGAGGUGACAUACUGCCCAGACUGUACUAGAGCAUGCAAAUAUGACAUGGAAGCUAUAUUCAAGGGAGGAGAGAAUGCGAAGGGCCGUGACUUUUACAAUUAUGUGUUCGGUUGCCUGUUUCUAAAUGAAAGUGCCCAUGCAUCCCCAUUGUAAUAGAGCCGAAAUUGAGAAACUUUCUUGAGGAUAUAAAUGAUGUGCAUGUUUUUGAGGGGUGACAUGGGAGACUGGGUUGGCAAGAGAUCAUUUUGGAUGAUGGAAGCUGCUGCUGCUGCUGCCUGCGGGCAAUUUUGUAGGCCGUCAACAUUGAGACCAGAAUGAACGAGGCUUGGUGAGGCAGCUAUUGGUUUGUUGAAAUGUUUCUUAUAGGGUUUUUUGUUGAAUGAAAAGGAGUCUGCUGUUAAAUGUGUAUUCUGGGUGUACACUAAUGCACAACGGUUGAGGAAAACGAUGUUAUAUGACACGAAUUUGUUUAAAGAGUAUUGCCCUUGUUGGGAGACCGCGACUGUGUGUGUGAAUGAUAUAUAGGCUUA